GCCUAGCUAGUAGCCUACAUUCCUCCUAUAUAUCCAACAUAGCUAACAAUAAGCUAAUAACAAAGCGACCGACACCAUUACGCCAUGGGGUCCAUCACGGAGCAACAACAAUGCACCGAUCAGCAAGGCUUGCUCGACGCUCAGCUCGAGCUCUGGCACAGCACAUUCGCCUUCAUCAAGUCCAUGGCGUUCAAGUCCGCGUUGCAGCUCGGCAUCGCCGACGCCAUCCAUUGCCAUGGCGGCACUGCCACUCUCACCCAGAUAGCCACCAAGGCCGCGCUCCACCCGUCCAAGACACCAUGCCUGCGCAGGCUCAUGCGCGUCCUCACAGUCGCCGGCAUCUUCAGCAUCGCCGCCAAGACCUCGUCUGACGACGACGACGACGACGACGGUGGUGACCACGUCUACGGCCUCACUCCGGCGUCUCGACUUCUCGUCGGCUCGUCACAGAACCUGACUCCAACUCUGAGCCUGAUCCUUGACAACGUCUUCGUGUCCCCGUUCCUUGACCUUGGCACGUGGUUCGAGCACGAGCUGCCGGCGGCAGACCUGCCGCUCUUCGAGCUGUCCCAUGGGAAGAACGUGUGGGACGUCGUCGGCCACGACCCGUCCAUGAGCCAGCUCUUCAACGCUGGCAUGGUCGCGGACACCAGCUUCCUCAUGGACAUCGCCAUCAGGGAGUGCGGUGGCGUCGUCUUCCAGGGGAUCAGCUCCCUGGUCGACGUCGGCGGGGGCCAUGGCGCGGCGGCGCAGGCCAUCUCAGUGGCGUUCCCUGGCAUACAGUGCACCGUGAUGGAUCUUGCACACGUCGUCGCCACUGCUCCUGCUUGCGCCGGGCUCAGUUUCGUUGCUGGUGACAUGUUUGAGGCCAUUCCACCAGCGAAUGCAGUCUUCCUCAAGUGGAUUAUGCACGAUUGGAGUGACACUGAGUGUGUCACAAUACUAAGGAACUGCAAGAAAGCUAUACCACCACGAGAUGCAGGCGGCAAGGUGAUCAUAGUAGAUACCGUGGUUGGUGCAGGGCCUCCAAAUCUUAAGAAUAGAGAGACACAGGUCAUGUCUGAUAUCUUCUUUAUGAUUGUCAAUGGCACUGAGAGAGAUGAGCAAGAAUGGAGGAAAAUUAUCUUUGAAGCUGGUUUCAGUGACUACAAGAUCAUACCAGUUUUAGGUGUUCGAUCAAUCAUCGAGCUCUACCCCUGAAAUUUAGUUUCCUCAGCGCCUCACCUAUCUGUUGAAUGCUUUGAUGUGUGGAUCUGUGUUUCUUUUUCCUUUAACAACUAUGUGGAUGUGUGUUUAAAUUCGUACUAUAUAUACCUCACUAAAAGGUGGUAUAUAUAUGCAGUCAUAUAUAGAUUCUUUCACAUGUAAGGAAUGUUGUAUCCUCAUUUUUGCCUAUUCUAAGGAAUGAAUUCCAGGAUUUCAGAAUGAUAUAUUCAGCAUAGGUUUGUUGUUCUUCAGUAACAAACUGUACAUUCUGGAGGAAGGUUAUGACUGU